AAUCAUCUGCGGCGUAAUGUUUGAGAGGUGUUUUAAACACCUUCUGGCUUGACUGCCGUAUUUUAGUGAUUUCCUCCAUAUUUUCUCCAUAUACAAUAUUACCAGACUAGACGCAACUUGCCACUGAUUUGCAUUUCACCGGGAAAGUUACUUCUAAGAUAAUUACAAUUAUCUGGUCGAGUUAGACACUACUAAUUACUAAGUAAAAGUUUUAUUUCGCAUACAUGUUACCUGUUCCCCCGUCUUAUGAAAAAGGCACACCAAGCUGGUCAUCACUUAAACGCAAAUCAUGGCUUCAGCCAAAUUCUUUAAACUGUGCACGAGAAAAUGUUUAUGAGAGUCAUUUGCUGAAAACUAAGAAAGUAGCUGAACAUGAACCUAUGUUAUUGCCUAAUUGUCUUCCUCAUUCAUGUGUUCCACCAGUUAGGAUACUUAAAAUGGAAACCCUAAAUACUACUGAAUAUCAAUUUCCCCUUAUCUUGUAUAAUAAUGAAAUGUUGAAAGAAAAUUUCAUAUCACCUGUGAACAAACAUUUAUAUUUGCCUAAAAAUAUUAAAAUAAAAAAGAAAUUAGCAUCAAUGAAUAAUAUCCAAUUACUAAAACUCCCGGCAAAUUGUUCAAUAUUACCAUGGGAAUAUAAUAGUAAUAAUAAUGAUAAUAAUAGUAAUAUAAAUAAACUACUAUCUCUGGAUGAAAUUAAAUCCCUGACUAAAUUCAAUUCAAAAACAAUGAAAAAGUUUAAACAACAAAAUUCUGUAAAAUUAAAUUUAUUAAAAACUCAUUUCUUUUCAAAUGAAUAUGAUUUACCAAAUAAGUCCAAUAUAUAUCAAUUAUUAAAAUUAAAUCAAAAAUAUCCUACUACUAAUUAUCAAUUAAGUAGUAAUGUUAAACUAUUACAAUUACCAAUUGAAAGAAAAUUUCAUAAUCAUAAAACUGAUAAUAAAAUUUCUAACAAUGAUAAUAUACCUUCAAAAGAAACAUAUCCUUUAAAUUUAAAAAACACUAAAGACUGUAACUCAACAUCAAAUGAAUAUACAUUACAAAUAUUAACAUAUCCAAUGAAUAAUGAAGAACAGCCUACAUUAAAUGAUAUUUCAUGGGUAUUGGAAACAACUAAAGAAAAUAUUAAACCUAUUUCUGUGGAAAAUCAUAACGUAUCACAGUGUAAAUUUGAUUCUCCUAUUCAAAAUGACAAAAAAUCUUAUAAUGAUUGUGGAGUUCAAUUUAAUUUUGUUGAUUAUGGUGAACCUAAUACUCAAAUUUGUUGCAAUACAUUUACUAAGUGUAAGAAUGCAGCAUGGCCUUCAGAUUGUGUUGAACAACUGUUGUCCAAUGAUAUUGCACAUGUCGCAAAACAAUUUCUAAGUAUACAUACAUCUGACCUAAUAGAUUGGAAUAAUGAAGAUAAGUCUGUUGUACCAUGUGUUCCAUUACACAUUAAUACAUCCAAUAUUUAUGAACAAAAUCAUUGUAAUCCUGUUACACAUGUGAAUUCACCAGAUAACAAACAACCAAUAGAAAUGAAUAAUACAAUUAGUCCAUCAAAUAUUGUACGUAAUCAAGCAUCGUUAUUAACAAAAUCACAAAUAAAAACUGUAACAACAACAACAAUAACGAACAAUUCAUCUGAUAAUAAACCAGAAUUAUUAAUUAGUGAUUUAGUUACUGCAAAAAUGUUACAAAAUUCCAAUAUAACAAAUCAAGAUAAUAAACAAUCAAUAAAUAAUGAGAUCACAUCAUUAUUAUCAUGUAAUAAACAAGCAUCAAAUUAUUUUCCUUUAGAUGUAGUAAAAGCAUUAAGUGAAAUUGACAAUCGUUUAAAUGUGAUUGAUCAAGUUUCAGUUCAACUAGAACAAGAUCAUAAACGUAAUCAAGAACUUCUUGAAACAAUUAUUCAAAUGAAUAAAGAACAAAGCCAAGCUAAUCCAUCUAUGCAGUUAGAUGAACCAAACAAAAGUGAGGCAACUUCUCAACAACAAAAACUACAGUUACCUGAUGAAUUAAAUUUCAAAGGCGACCAAUUACAUAAUCAAAAACUAAUUGAAAGUAAAAUUAAUCUUAAUGUCCAAAAUCAACAACAUGAUUGUACAAUUGUAAAACAGCAAAUUAAAUCGUCUAAACCAAAUGAAAGAUCACAUUCAAACACUGGUCAUAAUACUGAUGAACGUGAAAAACUUAGAAAAGAAAGACGAGAAGUCUCAAUGACACGUCGUUGUAACGAAGCUAAACAGUUUGUCAAUGAAAUUUUGUCAGAUAGUGUUUUACCGAAACAGUCAUCACCAUUGUUGGAUCAAUCAAUCAUUCCGAAACAUUCAAAUACUCCAAUAAAAAGAGGUCGAAUUCAAACUCACAGUCGUGGUACAUCAAGAGUUUUAAAUCAACGUAAUUUUACAAACAAUUACAUUAUUCCGUCCAGUCCAAAGCCGCCUACCCUUGUUCGCUUUCAUUAUAACGGAAGAAGUGGAGUUACAGCUAGAGGAGCACGUAACAUCUCAGGAACCAGAAGACAACAAACAAAAAUUGUACAAAAGUCAUCUGUAUUAAAUCAUCCACAUCCUGAUACACCAAAACACCUAACUUAUGAAGAUGACUUACAGACAACAAUUUUAAGCGACUGGUCCCUAGAAAGUAAUGUGAAAAGAAUACUCUAUGGAGAUGAAAAAGACAGAUUUUGCAGUUCAUCUAGGCCACAAAGUGCUAGUGGAAUUUCUAAUUUUGAUCAGGAGUCACAGAUUUCACAAAGUCCACAUUCCAUGCCAGAAACUGAUCUCCUUACUGAAAUAGGUGGCGUUCCAAGCACCAGCUUUAUUGAUUGGGAUGAGAUCGAUGAACUGAUUGGUGAUUUAUAACAAUAUAUUGGACUGAACUUUUUAAACUUACUGUGUAUCUUUAUAAUUUUUUUUUGUAAAAUUUAAUGCUCAUGACAAAAAAUCUUAUCAUUGGUAGAUUUCAAAAGUCACAAGUUUAAUAAAAUUAAAUAUG